UUUCCUUUGUGUAUGCUAUGUCGCAGCCGCACAUCACCACCAACGCACAGUCAGCUUUCUUUCUUCUACCUCACUUCCUCCGGCUGUUCCACAAAAAAAGUUUCCUUCCAAUUGUUUUCGGUUCUUAGUCAUAUUUUGUUUGAUCCAUUUCAAACGCAAUAAGUGGUUUCAAAUCCAUUCUGAUUUGAAAUCCUUACAAGUCCCUUGGUCCCAAACAAAGGGUUUUGUCGCAGAAAUUUGUUUUGCCUUUUGAAUUUCCUUCAUUUGUGUUCUGUUGGUAUGAACUUUGUAUUGCCGGACAGCUGUUCGACACUAUGCCGCAUAAAAGUUGAACCUGUGUGUGUUCUUCUAUCAUAAAGUGCUCAUAGGAGCUGAAAUCAGGUUCUUUCAGCACAAAAGAGCAAAGGGGGGUUGAGUUGGCUAGUAGAAGAAGGAAAAGAUGUUGAAGCACUUUCUUGGAAAUAUGCGGAAACAUGUGGUUUGUGCAUGUGAAGUGAACAGGUUCAGGCCUUAUUUGCUUGUGCCAACAAGUGACUUUCAUAAAGGGGAGGUUCAUUGUGCACCCAGAAGUUUCUUUGGUAUAGAGGACUUCUUAGAUGAUGAUAAUAGUCGGCCAUACACAUACCAGAAGUCGAAAAAAUCCAAGAAUCCAAAAAAGCACAUCUCAUUUAAGCAACGGACCUUAGCUUACAUGGAACCAUUUACACUUGACGUGUUCAUCUCAAAGCGGUUUGUUUCAGCAUCACUUACACACAGGGUGACUUGUAAACAAGUUGCUGUUGCAGGUACUAACUCAAAAGAUAUCAAAGCUGUUCUUCAGUCUCGUUCAGAUAUACCUGCUUGUUUGGCCGUUGGCCGUAUUUUAGCUGAGAGGGCUAGAGAAGCUGAUGUUUAUACCGCUAGUUAUACUCCUAGAGAGAGGGACAAAUUUGAAGGCAAAAUAAGAGCUGUGGUUCAAUCUCUUAUUGAUAAUGGGAUUGAUGUUAAAAUUUAUCUUGAAUAAAAAACAUCUUAUAUAGUUUAUGAAGUAACACUUCAUGAUCAUUGAUUAAUUGUCUUCUGAAUCUUCUAUUGAGGCGUUUUAAUAUCAAGGUUUAGAUACCGUCUGCAUUGCAGUGGUUUUUCUUCUUCUUGUCCAAUAAUUCUUAAGGCCUUUUCCUUCUUGAAGAAAUGAACAAUUUCUUGAAGUUGUACAUUCCACAAAUUUUAAGA